CACUUUUUAACAUGGCCGCAUGUUGAACGAAACGAUUUUCUUUACUGUUUGCCAAAUAAACCUAAAAUCGGUGUUAUUUGAGGCGGAUAUAUGUUGAUCGACCUGCUGAAAUUUAAUACAAACAGUUAAACAUAUAGUCGGCAGCGAUCUUUAAGAUGAUGCAUCACCCGAACAUGCAUCAUCAGCCGAUGUCUGGGCAUCCGCCCCAACACCUCCCGGGUCACCAGGGCAUGCCUGCACAUCAUCAAAUGCCGCCGCAUCAAAUGCACAGCCACAGAGAGAACAGGCACGUAACGUUGACUAGAGUACCACUGGGUCCGUCAGCCGGCGGCAACAUGGGCGCGCACGGACAGAUGAGCGGCAUGGGCUCGAUGCCGGUGCACCACCCGCCGUCGCAGCGCCCGCCGCACCCCAUACGCGCAAUGCAUCAUCCGCCGGCGCAACACCACAAUGUGCCACCGCAAACACGUCCACUCCGGCGGCCGUACGCGAUGAACAGCGGGUACGGGCCCGCGGGCGCGCCCGUCCCGCCGUACGCGCACGCGCCGCCCGCGCACGCGCACGCCGAUGCCGCACACAACGCGCACACGGCGCACAACACACAUCAGACCACAGGUAUGUUGGGUCUGUGCCGACCGCCAUCUCCAAUUAGGCCUCUACAGACAAAGCUAACCCCAGACUUCGUGACGCCGAUACCACCGAGUACAUUAUCAAGCGUUGAGCCCGCUCAGAGCGAAGACAACAAGGCGGUACCGAGCGCGGGCGCAGACGCGGACGGCGACAAGGAUGCGCAGGCGCAGGCGCAGGCGGCCGCGGGCGAGGGCGAGGCGGCCCGCCCGCCGGCCGCGGCCAACAGUAAAGAGAAGACACCCAUGUGCCUGGUCAACGAGUUGGCCAGGUACAAUAAGAUUAAGCAUCAAUAUCGCCUCACUUCAGAGACGGGACCUGCUCACAAGAAAGUAUUCACAGUAACACUCCGUUUGGGUGAUACUGAGGAAUAUACAGCUGAGGGGUCGUCAAUAAAGCGGGCGCAGCACGCGGCGGCGAGCGCGGCGCUGAGCGGCACGCGCUACCCGCCGCCGCCGCCGCGCGCGCAGCCCUCGCACGCCGCGCACGCGCACCACCACCGACACGCAGGCGCAGUGAUGCCGACGGUGGAGCUGAACGCGCUGGCGAUGAAGCUGUGCCAGCCGGCGGUGUACACGUCGGUGCCGCCGGUGCCGGCGCGCGCGCGGGCCCGCCUGCCGCCCUACCGCCUGCCCUUCCUGCCGCCCUACGCGCCGCACGCGCCGCACCCGCCCCACCCGCCGCAUCCGCCGCGCCUCAUGGAGCCCGGCCCGCCACUGCUCUAUAGGUACCGCGUAUGCGUAGGCGGGCGAGCGUGGCUGGGCGAGGGCAGCACGCCGCAGGCGGCGCGGCACGACGCGGCGGCGCGCGCGCUGCUCGACCUGCGCCCGCACCACGACCCGCCCGCGCACGCGCACAGCGACAACGCCGGGGAAACUGAUGCAGACUUAUUGAACUCGGAGGUGAAAUCUCCCGUGUCGCUGGUACACGAGUUGGCUCUCAAACGGAAUCUCAAUGUCACAUUCUCUGUCAAAUCUGAACGAGGCCCGCCUCAUAUGAGGGUGUUCAUAACGGUGUGCAAAGUGGGCGAGAUGGAGACGGAGGGCGAGGGCAACGGCAAGAAGGUGUCGAAGCGGCGCGCGGCCGAGCGCAUGCUGGAGGAGAUGCGGCGCCGCUGGCCCGUCGCCGCGCUGCGCCCGCGCACCCUGCCCGACAAGCGCAAGCACCCGCCCGCCAAGAAGAAACCGCGGAACCUCAUUAAGGAGGGCAUGUCGGGCGGCGCGGCGGCGGAGGGCGCGGGCGGCGCGGCGGGCGCGGCGGGCGGCGCGGGCGGCGCGGCCGACAACCCCAUCUCGCGGCUGGCCGUGGCGCGGCACGCGGCGCGCGCGCGCUCGCCGCAGUACCGCGUGCUGGAGGAGCGCGGUGCGGCGCGGCGCCGCGAGUUCCUCGUGCAGUGCGACGCGCCGCCGCACUCCGCCACCGGCCUCGGCCCCAACAAGAAGACGGCCAAGCGCCGCGCCGCGCACAACGUACUUUUAGCGAUGGAGAUGGCGAGCACCGGCGAGCCGGGAGCGGCGCCCGCUGGCGACGUCGGCGCCAACGGGGACGUCAAGCCCAACUGUGAGGUUAAGCGAAAGGAAAAUGAGGGUAGUGACAUGCGACAACCCGUGCCGGGAGUGCUCAUGGUUGACUAUCACGCGAGAACCGGACAGCCGGCGCAGACUAACGGCGUGAACGUGAGCGAGUCGAGCGCAACGGGCGGCGGCGGCAGCUCGCCCGGCGCCAAGGACCAGCUCAUGUACCUCGCGCAGCUGCUCGGCUUCACCGUGCAGUUCUCUGACUUCCCUAAGCGCAACCACGGAGAGUACCUGUCGCUGGUGUCGCUGUCGACGGAGCCGCCGGUGAUGUGCCACGGCGGCGGCGCCUCCACCGCGCUGUCGCACGAGCAGUGCGCGCGCGCCGCACUCCGCGCGCUCGCGCUCAUGGGGCUCGACGCGCCCGCCACAAUGCAGAACAUGCCGAGCUCGGGCGCCAAGGCGAGCGUGAUCAGCAACGGCAUCUCCGAGUGAGGCUGCGCGCGCGAAUAAUUAAAUUGUUUCUGAUUCUGCAAUAUUUAGCUAAGUGUGAAUAUUUCACAGCGCGAAAUGCAAACGUUCGGGACGAUAACACCACAUUAUGUAUUAACAGCAUUUAACAUUUAACGAUUUCCAGCUAUGACAUAUUCACAAUCAUAUUUAUUUGAUCUCGGGCCUUGCAACAACUAUUAGACUUUUAUUCGAAGCGUUUCCUAUUAUGUUAGUGCCUAAUGUAUAUAUUUUUUUUUUUGUUAUUAUACGAUCUGUUUUAGUCAAACACGAACAGUUUACUCACAAAUUAUGUAUUUAUAUUUGGAAUUUUGAGCGCGAAUAAGUUAACGAUCUUUGUUCAUUAACAAUGUAUGUAACUAAUUAGGUUAUGUUUAAUAUAGUUUAUCUCUAGAGAUAAUUGCACGUCGUGCAGCUAUAUCGUUAAGGUGUGGCAUUUAUAAUGAAAUUAUAUAGGAAUUAAUAGACGAUAAAAAAAAUGGAAGCUGCGUAGCCAAAGUAAUUUGGGAAUCGGCAUGACUACGUAACAGCAAAACAUUAAUUCGUGAUGUUCAAAAAAUCAGAGUGGUCACUUUAAAUAAAAUGCGUAUAACUAAGAAUCAUAUCAAAUUAAAGGCACCCGGAAGUGGCCACUCUGCAGUGGUGUUGCGCCGCGACAGCGAGCGUUGUUGCGCAGUCUGCCGGCCCGCCGACGAAGUUGCAUCAUGCGGCCAUGGUGACACGUUAGGUUUAGACUUUAGCUCAAGCUGGCUAUCGCCGUAGUCCCCGUGUCGGCGCACAAGGAGUGCGGCGAUUAGCUGAGUGGCCUCGAUUUUUAAAUACGACCCUACGCUAUGAAAUGUGUAAUUUAGAAUUAGGAUACGAUCCGUAAUAAACACUUAAUUUACGCCCCUAAUCGUCUUAGGUAGGCUCGAAGUUGGCUCGGGAAAUCGCCGGCGCACGACGCUGUUUUGUUUGUCGAAAAUGUUACAGAGGUAACAUUAAAAUAUAUAAA